AUUGUGCUCUCUCAGUCAUUACAUGCGGAUUCACACCCUUCUUCUUCCUCCUCAUCCUCCUCAACCUCCCCAUCCGCCUCCUCCUCCUCCUCUUGGUCAGGGACCGCCUCACUCGCCCUCACCAUCACUCUCACUCCCAAUUCCCUCUCCUCCUCCCUCAGCGUGCAAAACACUGCCACUCGCACCGCCAGUACCACAAGCAGCAGCAGCAGCAGCAGCAGCAGCAGCAUGACACAACCCACCACACGAGCAUCCUCACAACCCACCAGCACCCCUCAGCAGCCCUCCCCUGAUCUCCUCUUCGCCCCCUCUCUCGCCGCCCACCUCUCUCUCUCCACCAUCAACGGGGCUCGCCUGAUCGGCUGCAAAGGCGUGCGGUACUGUGGCAGUCGUAGUGGCCGGCAGCAGGGGCGGCAGCAGCAGGAGACGGCUGAAGGAGGAGGGCUAUGGGGAAUGGGAGGUUUAUUCGGGCAAUUGGGCAAGAAGAAGCAGAGCAGUGGGAAGGUGGAGAGAAGUGUGGGGCUGCAAGAGUUAGAAGCAGCAAUAGCAGGCACAGCAGCAGGAGGUACCAAUGCAGCAGUAACAGAAGCAAAUAAAGGAGUUAGUCCAGAUGACAAGGAAAUGGUAGGGCGGCUGCAGGGGCUGUGGAGGGACGUGUUGGAGGGGGGAGAGGAGGGCGUGGAGAGAGCAGACUAUGCUGAUAUUGAGGCGCCUAUAAAGCGGAUGUUUGUGGACGGACCUAGCUCGGUGACACUCCUUGAUAGA